GGGAAGGCAGCCGUUGUCCAGCGCGCAGGUUGCUUUUCGGGGUUCGUCUGAGGCGGGAGAGCGGGGCCUGCUGUUUUCGCAGUCUUGGGGAAAUACGAGGACGUGUUUCUCCCGCAUCUCUGAGGCUUCAGCGAAUGAUCGGAGAAGUGAGCUGUUAGCUUUUCUUCAGUAUGGAUGUGACAGGAACAUUCUUCAACAAACUGCGAACUUUAGCAGUCACUUUGGAGAAGCAGGCUGAGCAACUUAAGCAAUUUUUUCUUGGAGAAGAUGGAGAAUUUGAAGAUAAUUCUCCAAUGAGAUAUCUACAUGAACUGUACUCUGAAGUCAGAACACUAAAGGGUGAUGCUGAUAAUAUUCUUCAUAUGAGUUCUUCAGAAAGAGAUGCCACGUAUGACUUCAUAAAGGCCAGUAAAGUUCUGAUGAAAAGAAAUGCAACCGAUCUUGGAAAAAUAACAGACCUGUUUCAGAAAUAUGGUUACAAGCCCCUUAUUGGCAAGAAUGAAGCAAUAAAGGAUGAAGCUGAAAUCAACCCUGGGUCUACUAUAUCUGAUCAAAUAGAGCCAAAACCUCUUGAUUUUCCUGGAAAAUCAUCUGGAUCUCAUAGUCCCCUGCAGAUUCCUCAGCUUUCAGAUUUUGGCCUUUCAAAAUAUGCCCUUCCAAGUUCUUCAGACACAGUACACAUUCCACAUACCCAGAAGGAAGAGACGAAAGUGGAUGAAUCUGAGUAUUUAUCACCCAAAGUAGAACACUUCCGUAUCCAUGGGCGUGAUCUGUCUGUGAAUGAUGAAACCACAAAUUUAAUCGAAGACCAAACAAUUUUCUUACUUAAUAAUGCAAGAAAAAAUAGAUCAGCAGCGGCAAUGGUAUCAAAUAAGAACAUGGCAGCACCCAAGCAACCAGACAAAGUAUGUGACUAUGAUUGUAUGGCUUCACCUGCUGCACCUGAGUUCUGCACACCUGGAGUGAAAAUUCCCUGCAGAAAGACCACUGUUUUAUCAGAAUCUCCAGAAAAUAAUAAUUUGGAUGUUCUUAAACACACAACAGAAAUACCUCUACUUGAUACAAAAUCUCUGCAAAUACAACCUACACAUGUAAGUGCCACUAAGAUACUGCCAGAAAACAAUCUUAUACAAGGCACUGUUCUACCUGUCUUGCACUCAGACAAAUAUUUGGAAUGUAUUGAAGAACCUCCUCCAGCAAUAUCAGAAUAUGAGAACCUCUUCAGUUCACCAUUACCACCACCUGAAAUAACUGUGAUUCCCAAGCAGCUUUUGCAGAUUUUAUCAAAGUAUAAUCCAAAUAUAGAAGUACCCAGAUCAGCUGAGAAAGGAACUAAAGAAGGAAGUGCUUCACAGUUUGAAAAAGAGCAAUUUCUUUGUAUUGAUAACAAAGAAAAUAGAAAAUACAAAAAGUCUAAGGCAAAUUCACAACAAGUUCUGGGUUUAGAUUCAGGAUACAUUGCUUGACUCUUUGUAGAGCUUUCUCAGACCCUAAGAUUAUCAAGGAUUGAGCUGAGAAUCCACAACAGGCCAAGUCUGAAGCUAUCCUUUUUCUCCAUAAGAAGUCAAACAUCUUUACAAGUAUUAACUAGAACAAUGAUGGCUCAAGAUAUAAAAGGCUGUAUGGGAUAAGAUCAAAAGGAUUCUUAAAUGAAAAAUGUAUAAAGCAAUCAGGAAAAAAAUUAUGAAAGAAUGUAAAAGAUGUUAGAUACAUUUUUUUAAAAAAUCCAAUAAACUUGUCUAAAAAUUGUAACUUGGAAAAACUAAUAAUGGUUAAUAAGCAGUAUCUUAGAAACAAACAUAAUUCCUUUUCUGAAAUGAGACAAGUACCAAGGCUUUGUAUUUAUCUCUUGAACAGUCUAGUCAGAGCUGAAUAAACGGAAACCUAAAUGGAAAAGCUUUUAUUUUUAAGAUUCAGAAUCUUCAAUAAUGGGUGAUACUUAGCAUAUACAGUCUCAUCAUCUGUUAUGAUUAUAGUCUUAACCAUGUUUUAUUGCUAAAAAAACAUAAAAUGUAUUUUGUUUUGAGUUUGCAGUUCUAAAUAAACCAGAUUGGGUAUAUGUGUACUGUAAUACAAUAUAGUAUCUGGAUGUCUUCAUUUUUGUUUGGAAUUUCCAGUUUGCUGUAGGGAAGUAAUUGGCAACUAAAGACUCCUAAAUUCUCACUUGUAAGAUAUCUCAAAUUAAAGGUGGAAAAUAAUGUGUUAUAUAAUAAUGUGUCCAUUAAAUUUUGAAAUAUUUGACUUCACGGACCUCCUGAAAAAUCUCAGGGACCCCCAGGGGUCCCCCGAUCACACUUUGAGAACCACUGAUCUAGAUGGCAUUGUUUUCUUAUUGCAAAAACACAAAGAAGGGUCACGUAUUUAUUAUACCUAUUUAACCCUUAACCUGUAUUGAUUCAUUGAAAUGAUUAUUUACUUCAACAAGUGGCAGCAUCUAGUCAACCUUGGCUAAUCUCCAAGUCUGAACAAGACCUCCAGGGUAUUCCAGGGUUGUUGAUUAAACUGGAGCCAAAAAACCACCCUGGGAAAAAAAAUGAGCAAAUAACUUCCAUGCUAUUGUAAAAAAACAACUAUGAAUGUGCCCUUUUGGUCACCAGAAUUUAAGUUCUACUUGAAGGAAACUAUCGUUUUAAUGAUCCUUUAUUCUAGCUAUUCCAGCUAAGUUCCUUUUUAACCAAUCUUAUUGCUAUCAGCAGUGUCCUUUGAAGCUUCCCCCCCCUUUUUUUUUUUAAUCUAUUCCACUGAGAAACAUGGAAUAAAACUAUGCCAGCUUUGGCACUCAUGUAGAUUAUAUUCCAGCUAGGUAGAAGUUUUGGGGUCCCCGAGAUUCUUUCAGGAGGUCCGUGAAGUCAUAUAUUUCAAAAUUUAAUGGACACAUUAUUAAAGGUUUUGAAAAUAAUGGCCUCUUGGUACACUCUUUCUUUUUCCCAGUUUAGGGGUGAGGAGACUGGCAGAGAUACUAGAGAAGGUUCUUGUAUUGUGUUUUAUCCUUCUGAGUUCACUGUUUAUCUGACCUCAAGGUGAAAAUCUUAAUAAAAGAUUUUAUUAAGCUUCUGGGACACCUCUCAGAAACCAAGGAUUAUAGCAGCCUUGAUAUGGGACAACUAGGAGUUUUUAAAAAGUUGAAUACCUGACUAAAGCACAUAAGCACUUUAAUGCUCCUAAUAAAGAUCAGUAGAAUAUUUUAAAUUUCUAGACCUACACUUAAUUCUUUUUAAGGAAAAGGUUACAUAAGUAAACAUUAAUUGCUCCUAAUCAUUUGCCUACUUAACAGAAAAUAGCUUUUCCAGUAUUUAUCAAUUCCAGAAAACAUUUUAGGGAUUAAAUUAGAAGCCUGUAACACUUCUGUAAAGCUGAUAGUCUAUUAGAGGAAAAUACAGGCUUUGUCAUUAAAACUUGUUUAAGUUUGAAUUGUUAGUAGAGUAAGAUUACAGUCAAAAUAAUAAUGUUCUAUGAUGAGAAAAUGAAAAUUAUUUUAACAUUUUAGGUACAAGUUUUCAGUACAGUCACAUUUUCAGACCACCUCAUCUAUUUUCUAGACAGAAGGUCAAAAAUGCAAUAGUGAGGAUUAGCAUCACAUUCUCAGAUGCAGAGACUCUCAUGUGAUUGGUGAGAGAUAUUGUUAUGACAUGUGACAUUCCAGACAUGCAGACUGUACUUAUGGCUGAUAACCUGGGAAUCUUGGAAAUAGUUGAGAGAAGAUCCAGAUAGCUUUUCACACUAUUUUUCACACUGUUUCUUACUGGGAGGAGGAGGGGAAGAGUUAAAAUGAGCUAAGAAGCUGACACAGGAGGAGUUGGGGAAAGAGGAAGUAGAAUAGCUAGCAAAGAAAGGUGGCAUUACACAGUCUUGGGCUGCUGAAGAUAGCCAGUUCCAGACUGAUUCAAGACCACCGAAGGGUAGUUGUAGGGGAUAGCUUUGCAAAGAGGACAAUGCAGCUUGGAAUCUGUUGAUCUGGUGCCGAUGGCCAGAGGGAGAGGAUCUGAAGUUACCAGAAAGCUGCAGAAAGCCAAUUCAAACAUAAACAUCUAAUCACAGGAUGUCCUGUCUUCAACCUGGCCAUUCAGGUCUUCCAAUGGUGUACCCAUCGCCACAGUAACUGAGUCCACCCACUUGGUCAGUAUUCAUCCUCUUUCUUCUCACCUUUCCCAGUAUUAGAGAGCUAGGUCUUCAUGUAUGUCUAAAAUGUGACAACUUGAACCUUGAAUUUUAUGUCUUGAUAAAUUAUGGUGCCUACUUUAUCAUGGGAGGAAGGAUAGUCUCCAGUCCGCUCCAAAAUAUUUUAACUGAAUCAGCAAAGAUAAAUUCACAUUCUAUUAUUACCAGCAGCAGCAGAACUUUACUCGGUAACACUCUUCUAGUAAACUACAUUUCUGGACCCAAGUGACUGUUUUUCAGUAUCCAUAUCUUCUGUUUUUUAUCUAGGACAGUGAUUUUCUUUCCAUAGGCAUUGUGAUUAUUCAAGAGACAAUGACAGCCAUGAAAUCCUACCUGAAUACCAAUUGCUAAGGUGGAAAUGCAAGAAAACAUCAGGAGUACAGAAAGUAUAGUUCCAGGCUACUUACAGCUUGGCAGAUGGGUUGAUGUGGCUCAUCUCUCUCACAGCAUUCUUUCCUUUUACCAAACAACAUGCUUUCUAUCCAUCCUUCACUUUCUCCCUCCUCUCUCUCCUUUUCCAGGUAAAUCUUCCUCUGCUGCCCCCUUCCUUAAUCUACCUCCCCACCACACUUGCUUCCACUAUUUCUCUCUCCUUUUCUCUAUACUUUCCUUGUUCCCAAUCCUUCUCACAGCUUUUCUCUCUGCUCUUCUCUUCUUAUGCAGCCCUGUUUUCCUUUAGUGCUGCAGAGCUUUCAAUGUUGCCUGUGCAUUCACUUAUUGAAAAAGCUGCAGCUUUUCUCUUCCAGAAGGAAAAAAAAAAAAAGCUGCGGUGAUUUUUUUUUAUAAGGAAAUUAUGACAUUGAUUGCUUCCUCUGCUGACAAAAGAACAUGUGUCUUUUUGCAACAGAAAGUUCCUUCUCUCAAUUCAAAAAAGGAAAAGAAGUAUAGCCUCACUUUUUCCUUCUCAAAGGUAAGAUUGAAAUCGACUGAUUGACAGAGCUGGAAAAAACCCAUGGAACUUUGUUUUUACACAUGAUAACAGCAGCGAGAUUUUUAUAUGCACAACGGUAGAAGGAUUUGACAUCACCCAUAAUGGAAGAGCAGAUCAUGAAGAUGAUGGAGUUUGCUGAGAUGGCUAAAUUGACAGCUUUGAUCACAGAAAAGACACUG